AUGGCAAAUCAUUACGAGGUACCCAGUUGGGCUGGGAAGCCUCCAACAGGACUUCAUUUAGAUGUAUUGAAAGGUGAUAAACUGAUCCAGAAGCUCAUGAUAGAUGAAAAGAAAUGCUACCUCUUUGGUAGGAAUCCUCAAAUGAAUGACUUUUGCAUAGACCAUGCAAGUUGUUCCAGAGUCCAUGCAGCAUUUGUAUACCAUAAACAUCUGAACAGAGCCUUCUUGGUUGAUCUGGGAAGUACCCAUGGAACAUAUAUUGGCAAAUUACGUUUGGAAGCCAACAAGCCUACUCAGCUGCCUAUUGACUCUAAUUUUCACUUUGGUGCAUCCACAAGAAAUUAUAUCAUAAGAGAACGACCAACAGGCAAUUCUAGAGGAAUAAUGGAGGAGUUACCCAACACAGAAACUGAGGGUGCACUUUUAGGGCUUCCCGAGACACAGACUGAAUUAGAUAACCUUACAGAAUUCAACACAGCUCACAACAGAAGGAUUUCUAUGUUGGGUAUACCGACUAAUGAUGAUGCAGAUGUUAUUAAGCCUCCAACAGGUACCAAAAGGUCUGCAUCCAUGCCUGGUGGUGUCCCCAAGAAGCAGAAGCGCAAUGUCUCUUUCAAUGAGGAAGUUGACAUCAUUAAUCCAGAAGAUAUCGAUCCAUCUGUUGGAAGAUUCCGUAAUCUGGUCCGGUCUACCAUAGUGCCUAAUUCGAGUGUUUCCUCUAAGAGGAUUAAACUUCAGAAUCCUGAUGAAAGUCAUGUUCAUCAUUCUCUUCGACUGCAGGAGAUAACCCGAAGUACCAACUUGUAUUCAGAUUUACCUGCGCCGACGUCUUCACCAUUCAGUCUCAUUGGAGCCAGAUUGGGUAUAUCGCUACCAAACCCAGCACCAGAUGUGGAGUUAGAAGGACCAGAACCUCAUCUCAAUAUACACCCGCCUCUACCGAACUCUGCCCCGGAAGAAGGCGGUGCCCCCAACGAGCCGAAAAGGAAGAAGUACGCAAAGGAGGCGUGGCCGGGACGAAAACCCGGGCUCAUAUCAGCCGUGUGA